GGAGGACCAAGCCUGAUCCCGCCCCGCCACUAAGAGUGUCUCUCGAUUGUAUCUACGCUCUACGGUAAUUAAUUUCGCUUUAAGCGAUUGCAGACAAUGCCUGAGCCAAUCAAAUUUUCACACUGUGGAAGUGGAAAGCAGCCGAAGCACCAUUUUUGAAGUUCCAUCUUCUACAAAUUUGACUCACCCCACCACUCCUCAUCACAAUCAACAUCACCAAUUUGUUUGUUUUCCUCCUUUCUUAAAAGAUCAGAAAAUUCUUCACCUCCAAUAUCAAGAAAGAAGAUACCUUCAAUUUUUCACAAUGGGAUUCACAGACUUUGUCAACGAUGCUGGUCUUACCAUGCUCAACAACUGGUUGGAGACUCGUUCAUACAUCGUUGGAUUGGUCCGUGUUACUGAGCGGCCUCAAGAACCGCGUUAUGGCGAUAUACCAAGCUUUAUUGCAUCUCUGAUUUCUCUAUUUUCAUUGCAACAAUUUACCAAGAAAAUGGUUGGAAAAAAAAAUAUUAACCAGCAAUUAUAGAUACUCCCCAAGCCAAGCUGAUGUCGCCGUCUUCAAGGCACAGCAAUCCGCCCCAGAUGCCGCAAAAUUCCCCCACGCUGCUAGAUGGUACAAGCACAUCAACUCCUGGACCGAGGAAUUCGGUACCCUCCCAGGUGAUGCUUCCAAGGAAUAUACUUCAUAUGGCCCAGAUAAGACUGAGGCUACCUUGAACCCAGCAAAGGCCCCAGCUGCCGAGGAAGAGGAUGACGAUGAUGUUGAUCUUUUCGGAAGUGAUGACGAGGAAGAAGAUGCGGAGGCUGCUAGAAUCAAGGAGGAGCGUUUGGCCGAGUACAAGAAGAAGAAGGAGGGCAAGACCAAGCCUGCUGCCAAGUCUGUUGUCACAAUGGAUGUCAAGCCAUGGGACGAUGAGACCGACAUGGUAGCAUUGGAGGCUGCUGUUCGUAGUGUUGAGAAGGAUGGUCUCGUUUGGGGUGCUUCCAAACUUGUCGCUGUUGGUUUCGGUAUCAAGAAGUUGCAGAUCAACUUGGUCAUCGAGGAUGACAAGGUUGGUCUUGAUGAUUUGCAAGAGGAGAUUGCUGAGUUCGAAGACUAUGUCCAAUCUUCCGACAUUGCUGCCAUGCAAAAGCUAUAAAGCAUCAUUACGUCUAGGUUCUACCUUCGACUUCCGCUUCGUUCCUGUUCCUGAAAUGAUUCCACGUUACCUAUGGAGGUUUUGACUAUGGCUAGUCAAUAAAUUAUUAUGAUAAAAAUAAAUUUUACGAAAUGAUGAUAAUCAUGGACUGGGAUAGAAUUGAAAUGCAAAAAAAAAAAAGCCAUAACAAGUACAUAAAUUUUACA